AUGGGUCUUUUUCCAAGUGGUGGUAAUAGGUCCAGGUCCUCCGAUGGGGGGUCUAAGGGAUCAAGAUUUGCAUCUGUAUUCUUUCGUCUCAUGCAACUCAUCUCUGCCGCCAUAGUCGCUGGAUUGUUAGGCCGCUACCUUCAUAACCUUCACGAGGGAGGUGGUUUCAAUAGCCGUCGAAUCAUAUAUGCGAUCACCAUUGCUGGAAUCGCUAUAUUCUUCUCUUUACUCUUCAUGCUACCUCUCAAAUACCAAUUCUACGCCUUCCCUCUCGAUCUCAUCAUGUUCAUCUUAUGGAUGGUUGCCUUUGGACUUCUUAUAAAUCUUGGAAGCUCAGGCUGCAACUCAAGCUGGUUCAGAACCAGCUGGAGUUGGGCAUGGGGAAGAUGGUAUCUACAACCUGCAGGGACAUUUAAUCGCUUUAAUGGCGCUGGAUGUAGCAGCUGGAGAGCAACUCUUGCAUGGAGUUUCAUUGGAGGCAUCUUCUGGCUCCUCAGCUUCCUACUGGGCCUUUACUUUUUGACGAAACACCGCUCCCGCCGUGAAGUCCACGAGGAGACUCCAAGGAUCAAGAGACAGGAAGACACCCAUGUCAACAGCGGCGUAGCCCCCGUUUACCAUGAGAAUUUCAACCAAACCAGAGAGUACCGAACCACACCAGCGGAAACUGCCCAGUACCGAACCGAACCUGCAACAUAUGUCCAGCCACAGCAGACUCAAGGCACGGCGGCAACAUCUACAUAUUCCCAACCGUCACAGCAGUAUGCAACAACACAGGAAUAUGCGACACAACUAAAUCCUACGCAGCAGUAUCGAAACACGACAACGGGAACAGUUGGCUAGACAGCACAAGAUUUGCUUUACAACUAGCACCAACCUUCGAGCGGGUUGGGGAUUAGGUACUAGGAAAUGACAGCUAAAUAGAAAUAUAGGAGGGAAGACGAGAUAAAUGCGAGAAAUGGGAGG